AUGUCAUUCGUUCAGACCGCAGUGGGUAUUACACCCUUGCUGUGGAGCGCGGUGCUUUUCUGCGCCACAGUGCCUGUUUUGGUGGCGCUACAGCGUUGGCUAAGGGUUUUCCUGAUGGCCCAGCGCCUGCCUGCCCCAAAUGCACACCCAAUUUUGGGACACGCUGCGGAUUUUGCAUCCAAAGAAAAAUUUUUUGAUCGGGCCCUAAAAUGGUGCAAAGAUUUUCCCAUCUUUCACAAGACGCAAAUCCUUUUCCACCCUCUACUUCUUGUCCACUCUCCCGAAGCUGUUCAGGCAAUUUUGAGUCGAAACAAACAUGCCGAAAAAGGGUUCAUUUACAAGGGUCUGAAGGCGCUACUCGGAGAAGGCCUGAUCACUAGCAAAGGAAGCCGCUGGCAUGCUCAUCGUAAACUGAUCACUCCGACUUUCCAUUUCAAUAUUCUGGAAAGCUUUCUGGACGUGUUUGUGCGAAGGAGCAAAGAGUUGAUGGAGAGGCUUAAGGAAAAGGAGGGCACUGGAAGUUUUGACAUCAGUCCAUACACCCAGCGGCUUACUCUUGAUUUUAUUUGUGAAACUGCAAUGGGAACUCCAAUUCAGGCUCAGAGCAAUGAGCGUCUUGAAAUUGUGUCUGCAAUUCACAAACUUGAGGAAAUCGGCAUUUAUCGAAUGAUCAGGCCUUGGCUCUUGUCUGACUGGAUCUUCCGUUUUACUCAAAAAGGAAGGGAGCAAGUCAAAUACAAGAGCAUUUUGCACAACUUUACGGACAAAGUGAUCAAGGAAAGAAAACAAUUUAUAGCGGAGCAGAAAAGCAAGGAUAAAAAAUUGCAAGUUGUGAAGGAGGGUGAAGAAUCUGAUUUUGGCCGCAAAAAGAGAGCUAUUUUCAUGGACUUGCUGAUUGAAUCUUCAGACAACGGUAACCUUUUGACCGACGAGGACAUUAGAGAGGAAGUGAACACUUUCAUGUUUGCUGGCCAAAAUACAACCCAAUUGGCAAUCAAUUAUUGUAUCUACCUUCUGGGAAAUAACCCAGAAAUUCAAGAUGAAGUUGUGCAUGAAUUGGACUUAAUUUUCCAAGGAUCAGAUCGCGACCCAACAAUGGACGACCUCCGUGACAUGCAUCUUUUGGAACGAUGCAUUAAAGAGGCCCUGCGUCUUUUCCCCAGCGUUCCAGUUAUUGCCCGGACGCUGACUGAAGAUCAGCCCAUGGGAAAGCACAUCCUUCCUAAGGGCGCAGACGUUCUCAUUCUUCCUUAUGUGCUUCACCGAAACCCUGAGCAGUUCCCUGACCCAGACACAUUCAACCCAGACAACUUUUUACCAGAAAAUGUAAAGAAGCGCCACGCUUUCAGCUAUAUUCCUUUCAGCGCCGGACCUAGAAAUUGCAUUGGCCAAAAGUUUGCCAUGCUUGCGGAAAAAACUAUCCUCUCCACCAUCCUUCGUCGCUAUGUUGUGAAAUCGAAAGAUCCCAGGGAUAAGCUGGUCGUCGUGCCCAACACCGUGCUGGUACCCAAGCAUGGAAUCAAAAUUACUCUGACUCCAAGAUAACACAAUUUUUAAUUACUUGUUAUGCUUUCCCCUCCUUUGACUGAAUUUUCCCCCUUGAUCGCCCCA